AUGGCGUGGCCGUGCAUCACGAGGGCCUGCUGCAUCGCCCGCUUCUGGAACCAGUUGGACAAAGCGGACAUAGCGGUGCCGCUGGUUUUCACCAAGUACUCGGAGGCCACCGAGCACCCGGGCGCCCCGCCGCAGCCACCGCCGCCGCAGCAGCAGCAGGCGCAGCCGGCGCUCGCGCCCCCCUCGGCGCGCGCGGUUGCCAUAGAGACGCAGCCAGCCCAGGGCGAGUUGGAUGCAGUUGCCCGGGCAACGGGGCCAGCGCCUGGGCCUAGCGGUGAGCGUGAACCGGCGGCUGGCCCCGGCCGGGGCGGGCCGGGUCCGGGCUUGGGCUCCGGCUCCACCUCCGGCCCCGCGGACUCGGUGAUGCGGCAGGACUACCGCGCCUGGAAGGUGCAGCGGCCCGAGCCCAGCUGCCGGCCGCGCAGCGAGUACCAGCCCUCCGACGCGCCCUUCGAGCGCGAGACCCAGUACCAGAAGGACUUCCGCGCCUGGCCACUGCCGCGCCGCGGAGACCACCCGUGGAUCCCCAAGCCCGUGCAGAUCCCCGCGGCCUCCCAGGCGUCGGCGCCCAUCCUCGGGGCGCCCAAGCGCCGGCCGCAGAGCCAGGAGCGCUGGCCAGUGCAGGCCGCCGCUGAGGCCCGGGAGCAGGAGCCGGCCCCCGGCGGAGCGGGCGGCCUGGCGGCCGGAAAGGCGUCCGGGGCGGACGAGCGCGACACGCGCAGGAAGGCCGGGCCUGCCUGGAUGGUGCGCCGCGCCGAGGGCCUGGGGCACGAGCAGACGUCGCUGCCCGCCGCCCAGACCCAGGUCCAGGCCACCGGCCCCGAGGUUGGCAGGGGGCGCGCCGCGGCAGAUGCCCUCAACCGGCAAAUCCGCGAGGAGGUGGCGAGUGCAGUGAGCAGCUCCUACAGGAAUGAAUUCAGGGCAUGGACGGACAUCAAGCCUGUGAAACCAAUAAAGGCCAAGCCCCAGUACAAGCCCCCAGAUGAUAAGAUGGUUCAUGAGACCAGCUACAGUGCUCAGUUCAAAGGAGAGGCCAGCAAGCCAACAGCAGCUGACAAUAAGGUCAUUGAUCGCAGAAGAAUACGCAGCCUCUACAGUGAACCCUUCAAGGAACCCCCAAAGGUGGAGAAACCUAGUGUUCAGAGUUCCAAACCAAAAAAGACCUCAGCGAGCCAUAAGCCCACGAGGAAGGCCAAAGACAAGCAGGCGGUGUCAGGCCAGGCUGCCAAGAAAAAGAGCGCGGAGGGCCCGAGUACCACCAAGCCAGACGACAAGGAGCAAAGCAAAGAGAUGAACAAUAAACUGGCUGAGGCGAAAGAGAGCCUGGCUCAACCCGUCAGUGAUUCAAGUAAGAAUCAAGGUCCUGUAGCCACAGAGCCAGAGAAGGAUCAAGGUUCUGUGGUCCCAGGCCUUCUGAAAGGUCAAGGUCCUAUGGUCCAAGAGCCUCUGAAGAAGCAAGGUUCUGUGGUCCCAGGUCCUCCAAAGGAUCUAGGUCCCAUGAUCCUGUUACCAGUCAAGGAUCAAGAUCACAUGGUCCCUGAGCCUUUAAAGAAUGAAAGCCCUGUUAUCUCAGCACCAGUCAAGGACCAAGGUCCCUCGGUCCCAGUUCCUCCAAAGAAUGAAAGUCCUAUGAUUCCAGCAAGAGCUAAGGAUCAAGGUUCUGUGGUACCAGAGUCUCCAAAGGAUCAAGGUCCUAGGAUUCCUGAGCCUGUGAAGAAUCAAGCUCCUAUGGUCCCAGCACCUGUCAAGGAUGAAGGUCCCAUGGUCUCAGCAUCUGUCAAGGAUGAAGGUCCCAUGGUCUCAGCACCUGUCAAGGAUCAAGGUCCCAUGGUCCCAGAGCAUCCGAAGGAUGAAAGUGCCAUGGCCACAGCGCCCAUAAAGAAUCAAGGUUCCAUGGUCUCUGAGCCUGUAAAGAAUCAUGGUUUAGUGAUCUCAGGGCCAGUCAGUGAUUCAGGGCCAGUCAAGGAUCAAGAUGUUGUAGUCCCAGAGCAUCCAAAGGUUCACGAUUCUGCAGUUGUGGCACCUGUAAAGAAUCAAGGUCCUGUGGCCCCUGAGUCUGUGAAGAAUCAAGACCCCAUUCUCCCAGUACUAGUGAAGGCUCAAGGCCCCAUGGUCCUGCAGCCUCCAAAGAAUCAAGGUCCUAUAGUCCCUGAACCUCCGAAGAAUAAAGUUCCUGUAAUCCCGGUGCCUCUGAAGGAUCAAGAUUCUCUGGUGCCAGCACCAGCAAAGGACCAAGGUCCUGCAGUCCCUGAACCUCUGAAGACUCAAGGUCCCAGGGACCCUCAGCUACCUACUGUCUCACCUCUACCCCGAGUCAUGAUCCCAACUGCCCCCCAUACGGAAUACAUUGAGAGCUCCCCUUGA